CAUACCGAAAACGUGGUAAGGUCUUCAGGGCAAGACAGAAAAAUGUAUUAUUUAAAACCAUAUUACAGAUCUGAUGAAAUUGGAAUGACGCUUCCAGAUGGGAUGUACAGAGUACCGUCUUAUCACAAGCCGCCUUGUCCCGUGACAUUGCCAGGGAACAGUUCAUCAGGGGAUGGAUCACCACUAUCAGAGCUUGAACAACGACAGGAAGUCAUUCUCCAGAGACUAGCCCAACUACAGCAAGACGUCAAAAAGCUGAGCACAGAGGUGGGGAUUCCCCUAGUGAAUUUUUCACCCGUUUGUACACCAGGUCCAUCUACACAGAUCCAGUCAGGUGUGAUACAGGAUAUAGUUGUGAAUGCUGACCCAGACAAACCACCAUUAUCACUGUUCAUCAUCCUCAAGUUACUGGCUCAGAAUACGAAAGUGCUAACAACUGCCCAUGUUCACUCAUCAGUCACACACAUUGAGAAACAUCUAAAGGAGAUCUUCACGAACGGCCCACGAGGGAUGAGGACUGAGUAUCAGUUUGCUGUGACACUGGUCUGGAAGAAAGAGGAGCUCAGUCCUUCCAUGAUGGUUGAUCCACACAGACAGUCUCCGGUGGUCGGAGAGGCAAAUAUCGCCCGCUAUUUGGCACGUCUCUUCAUGCCUGCGUAUGACAGCUCCGACCCUGUCCAGUCCACACUCAUAGACACCUGGUUAGACAUGGCCACACACCAGCUGCUCCAGGGGAACAGUAAGGAGAAGGCAGCUGCUGUGAGGAACUUAAACUCUCGACUGGGCAAGAAUGACUGGCUGGUGGCUUCGUCCAUGUCACUAGCAGACAUUGUUGUGUGGUCAGCCCUGCAGCAGGUGGGGCUUACUCAGGAUGCUCCAGCCAACGUUCAGAAAUGGAUAUGCUCAUGUCGCAAUCUACCCGAAUUUCAACUUCAAACUCUCCUGUCACAUUAACAAAAAGCGAAGUAAUAGUUUUGCUUUGAAGCAUAUUGUGAUGGAAAAACAAAAAGAAAAUAGCUUUCAUUGGAAAUGAACACGAAAAGAUUUGCGACUGCAGAUUUGGCAAAAAAUGUACAAAAUAUUUUUAACUCUUAAAUGUGUAUUGUGAUCGAUUUACAAGGCCUCAACUCAUUAAGAGAGAAGAAAUUCAUUGUGGACUUACCCACCCAAAGGUGCAUCAAACGUAAUAUAUGUCAGAAAUGUUUAUCUCUACAAAUUGUUUGAGUCUUGUCUUCCUGAUGAAUAAAUCAGACU